AUGGACGUGAUCAGAGCUCGCGUGCCCACCUCCGGUAUCAACGAGAUUGAAUUCACUUAUAAACACGUUGUUUUGAGAAUGGUCGACGUUGGAGGUCAGCGAUCAGAACAACGGAAGUGGAUCCAUUGCUUUGAUAACGUCAGCGGUGUACUAUUCAUUGCUGAAAUAUCUGCCUAUAAUCUAAUCGAAGAUGAUGGAGAAGUACGAAAGAAUCGAUUGAAGUAUAGUAUGCGCCUAUUCAAACGAGUCGCCAACAAUCGAUGUUUUGGGAAGAGAACAGCGAUGAUACUAUUUCUCAAUAAAAUCGACGUUUUCAAGCGGAAACUACUGACAACAUCGUUGAAAACCUGUUUUAAGGACUAUAAAGAAAUUCAACACGAAAAGCCUUUAUAUGUGCAUUUCACGAAUGCGACCGAUACGAGGAAUAUCGAUCGAGUUUUCGAAUCGUGUCUAGACGUUGUAUAUUAA